UGGGCACUUCAACAACGCACUUCUUGGACGCGGUGAGUUUUUUUUGUUUUGGUGAAACGUCUCCGGUGAGCCUGGUUAACUGUUAGCUUGUGUAAAGAUUUAUGAUAGGGAGCUCCAUCAGCUCACCUCUAUCGCUCUUUUCUCUCACUUGCAUCCGUGCUAGAUCUGCAUUUUGGCAUUCACUAGAAUAUGAAGGUGCAGAAUUCUUGUUGGUGCUCGCUUUGGUGGUCAUUUGCCAUAGCAGCCUGCGUAAAGCUACUUCUUAUCCCAUCGUACCACAGUACAGAUUUUGAGGUCCAUCGUCACUGGCUCGCUCUUACCCACUCUCUCCCUCUUUCUCAAUGGUACUUCGAUGAGACUAGCCCUUGGACCCUUGAUUAUCCACCCUUCUUUGCUCACUUUGAACACUUCCUUUCUGUUUUCGCGAACCUUAUCGACCCUCAAAUUGUUCACCUUCAGAAGGGCCUAAAUUACAGCCCAAAUACAGUAGUUUAUUUCCAAAGAAUCACAGUGAUCUUAUCUGAUUUAUCUCUUUUAUAUGGGACUUAUAGAUUGACACGAAAUUUGGACUCAGGAAGGCGAAAUCUGAUUCAGGUUUUGGUUAUUUGGUCUCCAAUGCUUGUGAUUGUGGACCAUCUGCAUUUUCAGUACAAUGGAUUUCUCCUUGGUAUUCUAUUGAUUUCUCUUUCAUUUCUGGGGGAAGGAAGGGAUUUGAUAGGUGGGUUUGCUUUUGCGGUUCUAUUGUGCUUUAAACAUUUGUUUGCUGUGGCUGCACCUGUUUACUUUGUGUACUUGUUGAGGCAUUAUUGUUGGCGGGGAUUGGUCAGGGGUUUUGGGCGGCUUUUGAUUAUGGGAGCGGUCGUUGCAGCAGUUUUUGCAGCAGCAUAUGGGCCAUUUGUAUAUCAGGGGCAGAUACAUCAAGUCCUCAGUCGCAUGUUUCCAUUUGGCAGGGGACUAUGUCAUGCAUAUUGGGCACCAAAUUUUUGGGUGUUUUAUAUUUUAUUAGACAAAGGGCUUGCUUUCUUGCUUAGAAACCUUGGGUUUAACAUUCGCGCACCGGCAGCUUCAUUCACUGGUGGACUGGUUGGGGAUUCCUCACCUUUCUCCGUUCUACCUCAGAUCACUCCCAUUACAACCUUUAUUAUGGUUUUGCUUGCCUUAUCUCCUUGUCUUAUUAAGGCUUGCAAGGAUCCACGUCCAGGGAUGAUUACUAGAUGGGUAGCUUAUGCCUACAUGUGUGGAUUCUUAUUUGGAUGGCAUGUACAUGAGAAGGCAUCACUGCAUUUUGUGAUUCCCCUUGCCAUUGUUGCAGUGCAGAGUCUGGAAGAUGCUAGGCACUACUUCAUUCUAUCAAUAGUAUCCUGCUAUUCGUUGUUCCCGCUUCUAUUUGAAGCCCAAGAAUACCCACUUAAAAUGCUAUUGCUGCUACUGCACUCCAUUCUAAUGUGGUUAGGUUUCUCUGCACAAUUCAAUGAUAUUGGUGUAGCAGUUAAAGCCACUUCAUACAGAAAGAAAAGCGACAGUUUCAGUGAAGAUGGCCAGAAAGCAGGGUUCGACAUUGGUUGGGUUGGCAAGAGUUAUCUGGUUGGUCUUGUUAUUGUGGAGAUAUGGGGUCAGUUUUUGCACCCUCUCAUUCUUGGUGAUAAGCUUCCUUUUCUACCUCUUAUAUUGAUCUCAGUAUAUUGUGCGAUAGGGGUCUUGUACUCUUGGAUUUGGCAGUUAAGAUGUAUAAUUAGAUCAGAACCAUUUAUCCAUAAUUUCUGAGCGGAUUUUUGACAAACAAAAUCAAUUUGCUGCUUUUUUAUUAUUAUUAUUUUUACGAAAAUUAUAAACAAGUACUAUUGACCAAAAUAAAAAAUUACAAAAGAAAAAAGGCUGUAGUACAACAUGGAUAUUAAUAUAAGAGGAAAUUUAAUAAAACCGUUAUUAUUAUUAUUA